UUGUUUAUCGACCGCCCUCGCUCCUGCCAAAGAGCCGUGUAGCUCUACAUCAGCGACAUAAGAGCUGGCUUAGCUUUAUACCCAAAGGUGGUAUCGCCUCGCAGUUCGACAGGAUGUCAGGUCCUGCUGAGAGCAAGCAGGGCUUCCUUGCUGGUCUCUCGCCCUGGGGUUCACGUGCAGCUACACCGAAGCCCCCGCCAACACCAACCACCGCCGAGUCCGACAAGCCAAAGGGCAAGGAGAAGGAGAAGGAGCAAGAUGCUACCACUGGCGGGCUCGGUACACAACGAGGCGGAGAUCAUGUGGUCGAUCGAAGACACCGCUUGAGCCUGAAGAGGUAUCCCCGAGACUGCCCUCCGCUUGCGGUGAGAUGGUUUCAUGCUGUAGAUCUGCCCAAACGAAAACCACUUUCAGAGCACGCCGUCACGCCCGAUAAGCCCCUCCCAAAGCCAAAGAAAUGGAUUCCCUUCAGUAAAAGCGACUCUCGUGCUAUCGAAACAGCCUUCCAGAAGACCGCCGACGAAGCUGAAACUGUCGAACAGAGGAAAGAUCUUCUGAGUCCCGUAACGCCAGCGCAGCCACCCCACGAGCCCCCGAAAACUACAAAAGUCCCUGUGAACGAAGACUAUUUAUUCGAUGUUGAGAUUGAGACCCGCGAGUUGGCUCCCUCAUACUGGCUGGGGCCCGUUUAUGAUGUUAAUCGGGGAACGUGGUUCACCCCCAGUGGAGAGCCUGUUGAUGAAGGCCUCGCCAUGCAGCUUGAGGAGGGCUAUCUCAAGUGCAAGCCAUGGCGAUUUGGCAAGUCAGAGGAGAGGAGAUCAGCCUCACAGCCUCGCGCACGACCUGUAUCAUUUGGGGCAGGCGUGAGUGACGACUAUCGUAAGGAGCUUGGCCGGCUGAAUCGAGAUUCGACCUCAAACCCUGUCACCCCCAGAGGAUCGUUCGACAACCUUCGUGGCGAGGCAGCAAAGCAGCAAGACGGCGCCAGCUCAGGCGAAAAAGCAGCAACACCGAAUGCUCCUGCUGAGACUCCACGUACACACAGAUUGUUCGGCGCUCACAUGAACUCGACGGUAACCUUUCAGGACGAGACCACAGCAUGGCUUCUGACUGACGAUAUGUGGGCACGUAUGGGAAGCACGCUAUACCAGCACUUUGCCGGUGGAGCGCAUUAUGCUGGUUAUCGGUAUAUCCGUGGUUACACGGAUCCAGAGGAGACGAAGAAACAGGGGAAUGCUUCCAAAGAUCUCAAAAGCAAGAAAGAGGCCGAGCGACCGUCUACACCAUCACAGCAUUUGGCUUACGGGUCUGACAACGAGAAGUCUCCAAAAACUGGAUCUGGCGGCGGCUGUGAUGCAGAGACUACGGACAAUGAAGGGGUAGAGUCACCUCAGGAGUCAAGAAGAAGGACAUUGGAAAGGCAAGUAUCAUCGCUGAUGACCUCUUCGCAACCCGACUACCAGGAGAAGCAAGAGGAGGAGGCGCGCAAACGAGAAGAGAAGGAGAUGCGCGAGGACUACAAGACACAAGACAAGCAGGAGCAAGGCCGUGAGAUCGAGCAUCUGCUACUGGUAACACACGGCAUCGGACAGCGCCUGGGUAUGCGCAUGGAGUCCAUCAACUUCAUCCAUGAUGUCAACACCAUGCGCAAGUCUUUCAAGAGCGUCUACGCCAACUCUCCAGAUUUGCAGGCACUCAACUCAGAGGUGGACUCCGACACGAAGAACAGCCGUAUCCAGGUUAUUCCUAUCGUGUGGCGACAUCUUCUGGAUUUUCCGAAGCAGAGCCUCAAGCACAAUCGCAAGGAGCAUGAUUUGGGCGACCUCGACCAUGAAGAUCAUGAGUUCCCAAGCCUCGAGGACAUAACAGUCGAUGGCGUGCCGGCCGUACGUAAUUUCUUAACUGACCUUGCAUUAGACAUCCUGCUGUAUCAGAGCCCAGCCUACAAGGGCCACAUCUCCCGCAUUGUUGUCGCUGAGCUGAAUCGCAUUUAUCGCUUGUUCAAAGAGCGCAAUCCCUCCUUCAAAGGCAGGGUCAGCUUGGUCGGCCACUCUUUGGGUUCAGCAAUCAUGUUUGACAUCCUCUGUCUCCAACGCGAUGCUGCCAAGGCAAGGACCGGCAAACAGCGUCGCCUCACCGAAGAGGGCCUAAAGCUUGACUUCGAGGUUGAAGAUUUCUAUGCUUUGGGGUCGCCAAUCGGACUCUUUCAGAUGCUUAAGGGUCGAACAAUAGCUGCUCGACCAUCCACAGCUUUCGUACCACCAGAAACACCUGCGACGCCUUUGGAUGACCCCUUCUCACCUAAAGCAGCAGAACGCGACCAUGCGUUCGGCAUCACAACAUCCUCCCCGCUUUGCAAGCAAACAUUCAACAUCUUCCAUCCUUCCGACCCAAUCAGUUACCGCAUCGAGCCUCUCAUCUCUCCCGCCAUGGCUGGGCUGAAAGCUCAACCGCUCCCAUACACCAAGAAAGGAAUUUUUGGUGCUCCGGCCUCACAAGGUCUCACGGGUAUUGGUGCGCGUGUAGGACAAGGCGUUACAGACUUCUGGUCGAGCAUUGGAUCAGGUAUUGCAUCCGGAUUGCUAAACCGCAGUCUCGGCAUCAGCGGCACAGAACUUGGGGACGGGGGUUCAGGCCAGCGCUCUUCACGGCCUCUAUCUGCCGUUCCAAAUUCAGCACCUGGUGCAGCAACCGUUCCAGGCACCAACGAACCGGUAUCCGCGUUUAUAUCUGAAGAGCGUAGACGGCGUCUGGGGAACGAACAGAUCACCACGGGCGAAGAUGGUGAGCACCCACCCACGCUUAUCGAAUCUGAGAUUGAAACAUUAUACUCUGGCUUCCAGAAGGGACGGCAGAGCAGCACCACUGAAGAUGUGAGCAAAGUAGAGAAAGAUCUUGAGUGGCAGGAACUUGAGGAACGGAGUAGGAAACUGAAGAAGGAGGAGCAGAAAGUCAGGGCGCUGAACAGCAACGGAAGGGUAGAUUACAGCAUUCAGGAGGGCGCUUUCGAUAUAUCCCUCCUCGCCAGCAUUGCAAGCCAUCUUGCAUAUUGGGCUGAUGAAGACGUUUCUCAUUUCAUGAUCUCACAGCUUUUGGCAAGACAUCGUGUCUUCAAAGAGAAGCAGACUAAGGGACAAUAGACCUGACUUAUUUAGGUAUAGUAAGGUCAGGGCGCGGCGUUCUGUAUUUGGCAGCUACAAUACCCUGAUAGACUUUGUUCGAUCAAUGAAGUCAUCUCUACUCCUUUGAUUGUUGUCUUGCUGAACUUACAACUUUCCUGUUUCCUUUUCUUCAAUGGUACUCACAACUCUACCUCCACAACAUGUCCUUAUUCCAAGAUAAGCAUCGUCAUUUCUAGCGCUACUGACCCAGCUUCCCCAGCUCGUCAACGGCGCCAAGCCUGCGGCGAACGUCAUCCUUCUUCAUGCGCC